AUGAGUUUAAUAAGAAAGGUGCUUGAAUUAGAAAAGGGAGUAGAUCCAGGCCAAUUGCCUUUUACAGAAAAAGAUAUAAGGAACUUUGUUCAAUCAGAAAGUUCUACAAAUAUUGAAAGCGAUGCACUAGAGCUAUUAAAAAUGUGCAAGAAUUUGAAAGACAAAGAUGAUGAUUUUCAAUAUGAUUUUACAGUUGAUGCAUGUCAAAGACUUGAACAUAUCAUUUGGGCAUUUGGAGACUCCAUUCGAGCUUAUGAAAUUUUUGGAGAUGUAGUUGUUUUUUAUACUACUUACCGAUUGAAUCGUUAUGAGAUGCCACUAGGAAUUUGGAUUGGUGCGGACAAUCAUGGCAAUUCUAUUUUCUUUGGUUGUGUUCUCUUGCGAAAUGAGAAAGCAUCUUCCUUUUCAUGGGCAUUAAAGCUUUAUGAAUGGAAAGCAUCCACAAACUAUGCUAACAACUCUAGCUUUAUGGCUAAUGUAUAUUCUCCAAGAUCUUGA